CCUACAUCUGUCAAAGUGUUCUAGGCGUAAGUGCAUGUCUGUACGCUGGGUUUUGCGUUGAGUAACUUCGCCGGAAUGAUCUCAUAAUUGUCAGUGUCGAAUAAAAAGUGAAUAUCCUAAUUUCCGUGAAGUGUUCUAAGAAACAUUAACGAUGUUGUCGCUGUCACGAGUCGUCGUCCAGCAGUUCGUGUUGCAAAAUUCUAAAAUCAUCCCCCGGCAAAUAAGCACCAUCGGAGCGUUGUAUGCGGCCUUCACUACGAGGGAUUUGUUGGCAGGAUCACACGGUGAAGCUGGAACACUUAUUACUCGGUUUGUUAAGCACAUUGCGCUGGAGAAGUGCAAAACCGACCCUCUGAUCCCACAGAAAAUCAAAUAUUCCAGUUUUUAUCCACUCACCGACUUUCGAAGCUUCCGGGAGUCCUUACAUGAAAUCGAAACAGACCAAAUCCCCCGCUUGCUGAUAUACACGUACACGUUUAAAACGAAUGGAGAUCCACAGAAGGUCGCUCAGGCGCUCAAUGAAAUCGAUUCCAUUUGCUUGGCGCGGAUCAAUGAAAUGGAUCACGAAACGCUUUUGAGUACUUUGUACGCACUCAUGUUCCUCCUACCCAACAAGAUCACGAAGUUCGCGUUCUACCCCAGGGCCAUUCAGAAGUUGGUGGCAGAACUGGGUGACGACUGUCCAAAAGAGCGGCUCGUGGAGAUAUGCUUUUACCUAGGACUGUGGAAGAAACAUCGGCGGUCCAUCGAACUGAUGAAGUUUAUCAGAGACAGGCAUCUAGAACGCUACGUAGAUAAAUUUACGCAAAUGGAAUUUGCAAUUGUUUCAAACGCCCUAUUCAAAUCGAGUUCAGUGUGCGAUAGUCCGGCUUUCAAGGAGCGGCUGGUGCAAGAAGUUGCAGAGUCUGCCGGAAUAGAUGACUCGAUUCUGAUAACAUUCGUGAAAUCCUUACGACUGAACCGCGUACAAUCCGACAAAGUCCUGAAUAAAGUUCUGUCUUUGAAAGCAGAAGGGAGACUGGAUGAUAUGCAAUUCAAAGGUCUGGUGCACAUUUUAGCAUUAUUCGCGGACGGACAUUACAAUAACCCCAAAAUCUGUACCUUCUUCACCCAGUCAUGUUUAAAUAAACUGGAUGCAAUGACUAACGAUGACAACCUCGCUUUCAAUGACAUGCGGGCGAAAGACCUAUCAACUUUCGUUUGGGCUUGUGCUUCACUAGGCUACGACCAACUCACUCCCCAGGACUACGAUUUUCUGACCGAAAUCAUCUUGAAUAAAGUCAGAAGAGACGAGUAUAAAUAUUGUCCUGACGAAUUAAUCGACACAGUCCUCUCAUUGUGGACGCUUGGCCAUAAGUCGCAAGAUCUGGUGCAGGCAGUGUUCGAAUUACGAAGCAUCCCAACUGAAAGCGUCGACAGAGUGAAACUUGAUUCCAGGCUUGAAUUACUGAAAAGCUGUAUUCAAAUUGAGGAGCCAAACUGGAUAAGAAAACCUCAAAAGAAAUCUUUUGACGAACAAAGACCAGCCCCAAAAUACCUCAUUGAGAAGCAGCCACAGUUGCAGAACGUUUUCAACAUAAUUGAGGAGAAUAAGGAAGAGUUAGGGGUGAAAAACAGCCAGUACGUUGCUGCUAUACAUCAAUUGAAUAUCGCGAGUAUUCUAGUAGAGCUGGAGGAUGGGAAGAAAUGCUUUGUGGAAGUAUUAGAGGGUAAUCAUAUGCUGAAAUUUGAAGAGAAACCAGUGUCGAUUGUUGGCUUGAAACUUAGGUUAUUGGAACAUCUUGGCUAUAGCAUUGUUGUGGUGCCUCCAGCGCUGACCGGGGAUCAAAUUUUAGCAGCUCUGAAAGAUUCUUUAGGGGCAAACGUUGAUUUAGGUAAAGAGAAGUUAGUUUCUUAAAUAGCUGUGUUCUAUACAUUUAAAUAGAGAAAUAAAUUUGGAACUCGAA